AUGUCUGCUGGUGGUCCUGGCGACCGCCGUCACUUUGUUCUUUUUCAGCACGGCGUUUGGGGAACAUCCGCAGACUUUGACGCUCUCAUACGUUGUGUUUUUGAAGAAAAUGAAAGAAAUUGCCAUAAAACCCAUGAUGAGCACCUGCGUGAAGUGACACUGGGGGAUUUUGCCUCAGCACUGGGACCGAACUGCAAGACGAACGAGGCCGGAGGUCGACUUUUUGCUUGGAGAGGCCUGACGUGUUUUGCCCCUGGCAGCAACCGGUGGAAGGGCACGAAUUGGAGGACACGCACCUGCGCCUCUCGGACUCUUAAAGAGUUUUUGCCCGUGUUUGGCGACUGGCUGAGGACGGUGGAAGAAAACGAGGAGGGGGGCAAUUGCCCCGUCUGCUUUUCUGUUGUGGGACACUCGUUCGGUGGGAUCAUUGUUCGGGAGUUUUUGUACUUGCUGCUUGUUGCCGUGGAGGGGGAUGAGUUGGACGAUGGGCCCUUUGACGAGGUCCGAUGCGUGCGUGAGAAACUUGUGCAAUUAAACGUCACGUUUGAGAAUUUCAUCACCAUUGCGACGCCGCACUGCGGAGUGGGACAGUGCCUUCUUUCCGCCAUGUACUAUGGAACAUGGUUUCUCGCCGUGCUGUGCGCACCGUCUCUGAGUGAGCUCCUCCUCAAGGACAGCGAGGCGGUGUUGUCGACGCAUCUCAUUGACAGGGGCCAUCUCGCGGCACUCCGUCUGUUUCGACGACGAACACUUUUUGCGAAUACACAGAAGGACAUGCUGGUGGGCUUUGCGACGUCCUCCUUGUUAUAUGGUGGUGCCAGAGACGACACUGUUCGCAUUGUGGGGUUGGCGACGGAAGCCUUGCCGUGUGCCUCCGCCUUUUCGGAGGAAAACUCUGAGUACUCCGCGGUGAUGCACUUACCCCGGUUGCGUGAGAGAAGUGGGAGUGUGACUCCAACGCACACGCUGAAGGAUUUGUAUCACGAAGGUGUGGGCGAGGAAAGACAAGAAAGUGAGAGCGAAUAUGCAGAAUUGGCCGCCCACGGUUCUCCACAGUCCAUUGCUGAGGCGCUGCGACAAGAGCUUGACUGGCGGCUUGUCGCGUUGAGGUACACCGGUCGUUUUCCGGUGGCCCAUGUGGCGUGUUUAGGACUGGUUCCGCGGGUUGCUUCAUCACCAGCAAUUAUGAGGCGUGUGGCACAGGAGAUUAUUCAGCUGCAAUAG